AUGAAGGAUUCGAAUGCAAGUCGGGAUACUGGCGGUGGGAGUAGAGGGAGCGUCAUUGAAGGGCUGCCGGAGGCGCGCGGGGGGCUACGGCGGUGCGGGGGCGGCGGCGGGGCGGGAGGGGGGGUCCGCCGGGAGCAGGAAUAUUCAAAGCGUGAGAACGCCGCGCGACCCGCAUGCCGCGACUUCACAUAUCUCACGCGCAACCUCUACCGUAGAGUGCCGCCAAAAGGCGACCCUAUCCCGCACGGCUUAGAGCCGCAAUUGGCGCUGAGCGGCGUUGCGGUUAUCGCUCAGAACAUUCGAGGACAAUACUUUUCUAGUUUAGGUACGGCUGGCAUUGGCCCGGAUACUAUCGAUGAGUGCGCACGUCCACUGUCCGCUCACAGCGAAGCCGCCGACUCGCGCUCACAUUACUCAUCCAGUGGAAUGUUACCGGGGGUCCUUUGUCGCAAAAUCGCGACCACUGCCGCCUUAAGAGUCGGGCUUCGACAUUCGUGUGGGUCGUCUACG